AUGUCGCGGGACGAAUCCCAGCCGGCCCUGCGGCGCGGGGCGGUCGGUGUGCGUGGCUCGCGCGUGGCUGCGUCCGUCACCGCGAGCUUCCGCGCGAGCUCGCGCCAGUCCGUGCUCGACGCGAACGACUCGAGGCGCUCGCUCGCGGCCUCCGUCCGCGGCAGCCUCGCGGGGGACUCGGAGCGGUGGAUGAAGUACGCCAAAGUGGACUCGGAAAAGAACCCCGCGCUGCGGACGCAGGGGAGCAGCUUCCGCAGCAGGGUCGAGUCCGCCUCGUUCAAGCAGCGCGGCCCGACGCUGGAGCUGCGGACGUCGACGCGCGCGCUCGACGAGCACGCGGCGAUCACGGCGGCCACGCACCGCCUCCCCGGCGGCGACGCGCAUGAGCAGCACGCCAUCGGCGGGCCCCGCGAGCCCACGGACGCCGUCACCUUUCUCAUCCCGCCGCGCGAAAUCGGCACCGCCUUCUCCGCCGAGCGCGAGCACGAGCCGCAAGACCCCCGUCUGGGCUCGGGCCGCCGGCUCCGCGCGAUGACGUCGAUUCCUGAGAGCUUCGGACGACACAGCCUGGCCGGGGGGGUGUCCGAGCACGGCGCGCGCGUGGACCGGACGCUCGGGGGCCCGACGCGCACGCUCCGCCGGCGCGGGUACAGCGAGGCCGGCGCGCUGCUGACCGCGUCGUCGCUGGCGCGCUCGGAACUGACCACGGCGCCGUCGCUGGCGCGGUCCGAGUCCACGCAGGCGCCCCCGGGGGCAGACUCGCGCACGAUAUCGCGGCAGCAGAGCGAGAUGAAGCCGUUGCCGCGUCCGAGCCCGUCGUCGCUGCUGCUCGCGGGGAUGGGCGCGCACCUGCUGGGGUCGGCGGCGCCGACGAUGAGACAGUGGUCUGACGCGGGUCCGGGGCUGGACGCCGCGGGGCGGCCGAGGCGGCGGCGCGACGCGUGGGCGGGGAAGCGCAAGACGAUCGAUCCGCGGCUGCCCAAGCCGCUGUGGACGGAGACGCACCCAGUGCGCCCGCAGCAGGAGCGGCGGCAGCGCGCGGCGCGGACCACGGGGGUGUUUGCGAUAUACCCGCACAGUGGCGCAUCGAGCACGAAGGACAUGAUUCGGCCCGAGACCGCGCACCUGUUCGGGCGGGACCGCCGUCGUUCCGCCGCGCCGCGAGGCCAGGAAAGACAGAGCGUCGUUAAGCGCCCCGGGGGGUCUGGCAUUCACGUGCUCACGGCAGGCGCAGCCCCGCGGUCGCGCCCAGCGACGGCCGGCGUCGAGCGCACGCCCGCUGCGGACGCGCCGGGCGCUUCGCAGCACGGCACGCUGCCGCUGCGACCCCCCUCGGCGUACGGGGCACACACCCCCGGCCCGAGCGAGGGCGGAGCGAAGACGCCGAUGCUGCCCGGUGGCCGCUUCACGCCGCGGCGCCCGGCCACCGCCAACGUCGUCAGCCGCGACGGCACAGCGCGGAAGCUGUUUGGGGGCUCGCCGGGAAAGCAGCGGCGAAGACCGGCCACCGCGACGACGCGGAAGGAGCGCGGGCACGAGGACGGCGGGGACGACGGCUGGGCGAGCGGGGAUGGAGGGGGCGUGAUCGCUGAGGCGGGUGGCGAAGAUGACGGCGGGGCCGCGGUGGACGUGCGGCAGAGCGCCGAGGUCGGGGCGGUGAGCGCGGAGAGCUCGGGAUCUGAUGAGGCGGCUGCAUACGAGAGCGAGGUGACGGAGUCCGUGGCGACGAACACGGAGGACGGGCUGUCCGGGGAGGAGGAGGACACCUUCGACGACGAAAUGCUGCCCGCGCGGCCGCAGACGGUCGGACCAGGCGCACCGACGCGGCGGCGCUCGCGGAUGCACUUGCACGACCCCGAUGCGAGCGGCCACUCGGCCGCGUCGGGCGCGCGCGCGAAGCCAGUGCCCGGGUACCUGCGCGGCACCGCAGCACGGCCCGGCUCCGCGCCCCCCGCCAGGUGGCUGUCGUUCCAGAGGGAGCAGGGCUCGUUCAGGACGACGCUGGUGUCGGCAUCGUCGCCCGCGCGGCCCAGCACGGCGGGCACGGUCGAGGUCAGCUGCGCCACGUGCGAGCGCAGGGCCAACCCGCCGCCGCCCGAGCCCGGGGGCGUGCAGGUCACCGAGCCCGAGACGGCCGCGAACAAGGGGAAGCGCGUCAAGGCGAAGGCGCGCCCGAUUUCGGCCCGUCUCGGCGCCAUUGGAUACCUUGACUCGGGGCAGCCGAUUCUCGCACGGCCCGACUACGACGUGGCGUUCGACCUGCCCCCGACGGGCCUGGCGAUGCGGGCGUCGCAGCUGCCCGCGGGGCGGAUCGGGCCGGUGUUCAAGAUGAUCGGGGGGCCCGUGGUGACGCUGCAGGAGCUGACGGACGUGCGGGGGUUCUACGAGCACCUGUACCAGUCGGCCAAGGGCCCGCUGACGCUCCCCGUGUUCAAGCGGAUCUUCUUCCGCGACAUGGAGGGCGCGCGGUCGUUCGUGCAGGACGUCGGGCAGGAGAUGCGGUUCCGGCGGCUGCAGGAGCGCCUCGUGGAGCGGCGCGCCGACGAGGUGACCUUCGCGGACCUGCUGUUCUAUAUCUACCCCGACUCGGUCGACCAGGACGUGGAGGCGAUGGUGGAAGCCGUGGGGAACCCGUACUCCGAGGAGCAGCGCUCGCGCGUGCCCGCGGAGAAGAUCCGCGAGAUCCGGGGGGUGUUCACUAUGUGGGACAAGGACGGCGACGGGCUGCUGAGCAUGCAGGAGCUGCGGGACGCGCUGGUGCACGUGAUCGGCGAGAAGUACAUCUCGUCGUUCGUGAAGAGCGUCGCGGAGUACGACCAGGACCGCGACGGGAAGCUGACGCUGGAGGAGUUUGCGCUCUGGUGGCACUCGGGCUCGGAGGGCGGGGUGAAGUUCGAGAACUCGGCGCGCGCCGCGACGGACCCGCUGUACGUGCUGCAGCUGUACUGCGAGCGCCGCGCGAUGGGCAUCCUCGGGCUGAGCAAACUCAUGGGGAAGAUGUAG